AUGACGGAUGCUGGCGCCAGCCCCAUGUGGGAGUCCAUGUGGGCCAGAGGUUUGCGGCCCAAGGAGGCCUUUGACUGCGGCGAAGCCUCGCCAACUCUGACGGAAGUUCUGCGAAUGAAGUCGUUGGGCGACUGUGCAGGGAAACGAGCGCUCGUCCCCGGCUGUGGCCGUGCCUAUGAUGCCAUCGCGCUUGCAGAGUAUGGUUUCGACAGUGUUGUCGCCAUUGACCUGGCACCUACGGCAGUUGACGCUGCAAGGGACUUCCUGAAAGCCUCCAGCAGCCCUGCAGCCUCCAAAAUCGAGGUUGCCUGCGCAGACUUCUUUAAGUUCGAGCUCGAGCCCAAAGCUGAUGUGAUCUGGGACUGCACAUUCCUCUGCGCCUUGGACCCCAGCGUUCGGACAGACUGGGCAAAGAAGAUGAAGGCGCUGCUCAAUCCGGGCGGAACACUCUUGACCUGUAUCUUCCCCAUCUGCGAGAAGGAGGGUGGACCGCCUUUCGCAAUGUCUGUGCCCCUCGUGCGCGGCCUUCUUGAGCCGGAAGGAUCUCUCUCGUUUGCCUAUUUUGGGCUUAGGGCUUCGGGACUGUUGGCGGUUGCAGGGAGCUGUAGCGCAAGAGCAGCAGCGACAAGCAGAGCUGCCAACAAACCAACCAGGCGGGGAGAGCAAAACGAGUUUAAUUUGGAUGGCAGCAACGACAGCGGCCGGAGGGCAGCUUCUAACAGCUUUAACAUCUGUGACUUUUCAUGA